CAAGGAGAGCAGGGAGAAAAUAUGAAAGUCCCGGCUUUAAAUCGCGUCGGUUACCUUUACCACUCCCUCAUUACUCUCCCUCUCUAAAGAAGAGCGAAGCAGGGCAACGAUCGCAGAGGAGAGAGAAAGUGUGUGCGGGUGUAGUGGAGGAGUGUUGAGGAAAUAAAUUCAUAGCAGACCCGGAAAUUAAUCGGUGCUUAAUAAGGGGGGAUGUUGAGUGAAAUCGUCCCGGAUUACCGCCGUUCUCUGCGACGCGGCAGCUGCUCUUUCUAUUUCUGUGAGGAUAGUGGAGGAACACCAAGAGGGAGCGAGGCUGCGAACCUGGAAGCGAAGGAUACAGGCUUCCAAACGCUCUUCUCUGCACUCCAAGUUCUACUUUGCAUUGGCUCCACUUGGAUUAAGUUGAGCAGUGGGGGAGGAGAAUAACGGCAUUACUCUGCUUCUCUGUGAGAAAAAGGGGCAAUUUUGAUAGGAGCAAUGGAUUCCGGAGAUGAGCAGGAUGUGUCGGUGCCGAAGGGGAAGAAGAAGAGAUACCACCGGCAUACCCCUCGCCAGAUUCAGGAGCUCGAAUCAAUUUUCAAGAUGUGUCCGCAUCCAGACGAGAAGCAGAGGAUGCAGCUAAGCCGGGAUUUAGGUCUGGAGCCACGACAGAUCAAAUUUUGGUUCCAGAAUCGCAGGACUCAAAUGAAGGUUCAACAUGAGAGGUCUGAUAAUUGUGUUCUGCGCUCGGAGAACGAUAGGAUCAGAUGCGAGAACAUUGCUAUGAGUGAGGCACUGAAAAACAUAAUCUGCCCAACAUGCGGGACCUCACAAUCUUCUGAGGAUUCCUACUUUGAUGAACAGAAGCUGCGCAUGGAGAAUGCCAGGUUAAAAGACGAGCUUGAUCGGGUUUCAUCAAUUACAUCGAAGUAUCUAGGAAGACCUGCAAUGCAGCUUCUUCCAAUUCAAACUUUAUCAGCUUCUUCAGUCGAUAUUGCCGUUGGUGGCUAUGAGAACACUGAGUUCCCCCCUUCCCUCGACCUCGAUUUGCUUGGCAUUGGCCUUCAAUCGAUGUCAUUCCCAUUCCCAACAGUUUCAGAUGUCGAGAGGCCGAUGAUGCUGGAACUCGCAACCCGAUCGAUGGACGAGCUCAUCAGGCUUGCACGAACAAAUGAGCCUCUUUGGACUAGAAUUGAUAGCGAUGGCAGGGAAAAUCUCAACCUUGAAACCUAUGAUGCCUUGUUUCCAAGGCCAGGGCAGCAGUUUAGGAGCGCCGAUACUCGUGUCGAGACUUCACGGGGUUCAGGAGAUGUGAUCAUGAAUUCCUUUGCAUUAGUUGAUAUGUUUAUGGACUCGAGCAAAUGGAUGGAGUUAUUUCCUACAAUUGUGUCAAAUGCAAGGACUAUUGACGUUCUCAUGUCAGGAAUGGAUGGAAGCAGGAGUGGAGCCUUAGUUUUGAUGUUUGGUGAAUUUCUGGGGCUAUCGCCAGUGGUUCCGUCUCGCGAGUUCUGCUUCCUCCGCUACUGUCAGCAGCUCGAGCAGGGAUUAUGGGCCAUUUCAGAUGUCUCUAUCCCUUCUCCAAAAGUUCAUUUUCUUCCUUCCCCAAAGCGCAGGCUGCCUUCUGGUUGCUUGAUUCAAGACAUGCCAAAUGGUUAUUCUAAGAUUGUAUGGGUUGAACACAUGGAGAUUGAAGAAAAGAAUCCAACCCACCAGCUCUACCAUGAUUUAGUUGAUAGUGGGAUAGCAUUUGGAGCGCAGAGAUGGGUUGCCACUUUACAACGAAUGUGUAGGUGGAUUUCGUGCCUAAAUUCGCCAAGGGAUCUUGGAGGAGUUAUUCCCAAUGAUGAUGGAAAGAGGAGCAUGAUGAGGCUUUCUCAGAGAAUGGUGAGCAACUUCUGCUCUACUUUGGGUUCAUACAAUGGCUACAGAUGGACUGCACCGGCCGGACUGAAUGAUGUUGGCGUUAGGGUUACCGUUCACAGGUGCUCCGACCCCGGACAACCUAAUGGAGUAUUUCUCUGUGCUGCAACUUCCUUAUGGCUACCUUACUCCCCUCAUUCUGUCUUCAGCUUUUUGAGAGAUGAGCAGUCUCGGGUUCAGUGGGAUGUUCUAUCACGUGGAAAAGCUGUUCAAGAGGUUACUCGCAUACCGAAUGGUCAACACCCUGGAAACUGCAUCUCUCUUCUUCGAGCUACCAUGAAUCCUCCCAAUAUGAAUGACAGAAGCAUGCUUAUACUACAAGAGAGCUGCACGGAUCCCUCAGGUUCACUUGUAGUCUAUGCAUCUAUAGAAGUGCCUUCCAUCAACAUCGCCAUCAAUGGAGAAGACCCAUCGUUCAUCCCCCUUCUGCCAUCGGGAUUCGUCGUGUUUCCCGAUGGCAGGUCGGGUGCUGGCAUUAAUGCAACUUCAAGCUUGAAUCCGCUGAGAGUACCGUCUGGCUCAGUGCUCACCGUCGCCUUUCAGAUCAUGGUGAGCAGUUUGCCAUCAGCGAAGCUAAGCCAUGAGUCGGUCAUGACGGUUAACAAUGUCAUCAGCACAACAGUUCAGCAAAUAAAGUCUGCUUUGCGUUCUCUUGAUCCUUGACAUAAAGGAAUCUAAUGAUAUUCUGAAACCAUUGAUGUUUAGUUUAGACGAAAUACAAUUUGUUGUUGUAGUUUGAGUAAAAAUGUAAAUUGUUCACUGGAUUUGUGAAGCUCUGCUUUUCAGUUGAAUAUAGUGAUGUUUUUAGUCUGCUGCUGAGAUUGUUGGGAUAGGUUCUAGCACUUAGUUUUUUAAAUUCCUUGUGUGUUUAAAAAAGUUUAGCUGA